AUGUCUUCCCCAUCCACCAUAUUCAUCUGCGGCGCAACCGGCACCCAAGGCAGCGCGAUGAUCACCAACCUUCAAAGCUCGCACCCCACCAAGGUCAAAAUCCACUCCAUCACCCGCGACCUCUCCACCCCGCGCAGCAAAGCCCUCCAAGCCGCCGGCGUCACCAUGUUCAAAGGCGACUUCAACGACGAGCCCUCCAUCCGCAACGCCCUGGCCGGCUGCACCGCGCUCUUCCUAAACCUCUCGCCCAACCUCGGCGACCUCACGCAAGAACCUAGCCAAGCGAAGCGCAUCAUCUCCGUCGCGAAGGACCUCGGCAUCAACCACAUUGUUUACUCAAGCGCUCUCGUUACGAACCCCAACCAUUGCAAGUACUGGGAUGCCAGCAGCCUCGCUGGCAAUAUCGUGCUGGCCAAGAACGAGGUCGAGGAUAUUGUGCGCAGUGCCGGGAUCAGGUAUACCAUUCUCCGGCCGGGGAACUUCAUGACGAAUUUCCUGGCGCCGGUCGUUGGGUUUCAGUAUCCGGGUCUUGUUGAGAAUGGCAAGUUUACGACGGCGUUUACGCGCGACACGGUCAUCCCGAUGGUUGACCCGCGUGACAUUGGGAAAUUUGGUGCUGCGGCGCUGCUGGACCCGGAGAGAUAUAAUGGGAAGGAUAUUGCGAUUGCGUCGGAGUUGGUGACGCUGGAUGGGAUUUUGGGGUCGCUUUCGCAGGUUACAGGGAGGGAGUUGAAGGCGGACUACUUGGGUCAGGAGGAGAUCGAUGCGCAGGUGAAGAGCAACCCGUUUGUGGGUGCGCAGUUGAUGAUGCGGGAUGUGGUUGAUGAGGUGGAUGUGGAGUAUAUGAAGUCUUUUGGGAUUGAGAUGGGGUCGUUUGCGGAGUUUCUUGAGCGGGAGGAGAAAUGGGUGAAGGAGACGUUUGUUAGGGCUUGA